AUGAAUAAAACUUGCUGUACAUUGGGUAAGUAAACGUUUCAUUCAAGUAUCGUAAGUGUGCAUGUAAUAAGGAGAGAAAGACAGGAAAAUUUUGGUGAAAUUCUGGUUAAGUAAUUUUGAUUCAGUAUUCUUGAAUUGAGUAUCGAGAUUAAUCCUGGAUUGCUUACUUCGCUCUGUGAUUGGUUUAGAAAACUCUCGUCAUCAUCUUAACCACCUCGGUCACACGUUUUCCCGCGCUUCGAACUGGUUGCCUGUUUUUAUUUUGAAUUCCCAUUGUGAUAACUUUGAUUUUGGAUUUUUUGACACUUAAUUCAAAACUUCUCCAUGUACAGCCAAUAAAAAGAAAAUAAUCAAACAAAUGAAUCAACGAAUGUAUGAAUAAACAAAUAGAUGAAUAGAUAAAUAGAUUAAAAUAAAAUGCAUAAAUGAUAAUUUUUUUAUAUAUGAUUACUGUCUCUACUGUCUUUCCAUUAAAUACCCCGAAUCCAAGGAAACUUUCUUGAUUGAAUGAAUUAAAAGUUAUCAGCAGAAUUAAGUUAUCAACAGUAUCACUUUGGUGCAUAGUUGUUCAAGCAACUGUAGAUUCCAACAUUCCUUUUGUGUUUCGGUGCUGAUUACAGUUUUUCUCUCCUUCGGUUUAUUGAUAGGUGCGGGGCCUGGUGGAGCCUUUAGCUAUCACGGUGGGGGUCAUGGCGGCAGAGGGGGAGGUUUUUAUCAGGACAGGAACACAACUAGACUGUACGGGUGGAAUUAUUUCGAUACCAUUUACCUACUAGGCGGUAGCACAGGUGAGAUCGUUAACGGUGGCCUCAGAAAUAAUCCAGGCAAUGAUUAAAGGUUGUUAAUUUAAUUUCCACGAGCGAUGGAAAAUAAGAAACACAUUUUGGAAUCCUUGUCAAACUGAGCCUCAGGCUUUCAGCGAGAUGGGUCAUGUUAAGCCGGUUACUUUCAAAAAAAUCGUUUUAUUUUCAGUGCUAUUGAGUUAGAAAAAACAGUCAAUUAAAAUUUUUCGAAAGAAAAAUUUCAAAACCUCAAUAAGAACGCGUGAUACGGUUGAUAAAAUAAUGUUUUGGGGGAGCCUAUACCGAAGUGCAAAAGGUGUGACAAUCGCAGAGGCCUCCAGCAGGGUUUUCGCGGGCUCUCGUCGGCCUUCAGCAGAGUUUUCGCGGGUUUUCGUCAGCCUCCAGCAGAGCUUUCGCGGGCUUUUGUCAGCCUCCAGCAGAGUUUUCUUGGGCUUUCGUCGGCCUCUAGCAGAAGUUUUCGCGGGCUUUCGUCCGUACAGUGGGGAACACUUAAUCGGUUUUAAUCUUAGGUGUUCGCUGAAUUCUGCUCGCCAGGAUAAUCCCCGAUUCCGAAAGAGUCCCACAGUGCGAAUUAAGGUCCUAGAAAAAUGCCCAAGACAGGGGAAGGAGGUUUCAACGGGAGGUCGAACGAAUCAGAUGACAAUGAAUUUCAUGAUCAGAGUGUCCAUUCUUAGUUUGAAUCUAAAGCACUUACCUAUUGUUUACCAAAAUCCUAAUUGUGAAAACAAAUUAAAAGUGUGGUUAAUUAGACCGUACGGAAGCGAGCUUUGUUAAUCUUUGCUUUUAGGAUGUUAAAUAUCGGUUGAAGAUCCGUCUCAACAGUGGAGAUGGGUGUAGGCACUAUUGACUUUAGGUCAAUUGAGGGGAAAAUCGACCAGAAGCUCGAUUGAAUUUAAUGAUAACGUUCGUUUGUUCAAUCUAGUCUAGUUUAGUUGAGUCCAGUCCAAACAGUCAGUCUGGAGACUACGCGUUCGAUAAAAGCUUUUCUGUUUCAUUGUUAUGCGUUAUUAGUACACGUUUCUUUACUCAGCGAAAUCUCAAUAUUUUACGAGGUUUCCUUUCUUUUCCCUCAAAUUUAAGUUACAAAUGUUUCCUCUCCCUCUUUCCUCUAUACAGGAACGAAUUUGUUCUCUAGCAAAGCAGGGUCUGGCGGUGGAGCUAUAGAAUUGAAGGCAAUUGGUGGAACACUAACCCUGAGUAAGAAUCAAUCACUUUUCUACAUUAUGAUGUGACAUACAUAUAUAUCAAAUAUAUAGUAUUUUCCUGGUACUGGGCAUCGAUCUUGGAGUUCCAUAGCAAAUGCCGUUUUAUUUUGGCGAUCAGGGUCGCGCAUUAAAAUGCAACGCGAUUGCACCCUUCAAUGCAGAAACCUUUCAUCAUUCCGAAAAGAGCGCCUCAAAAUAUAUUUUAAACAGGCGAGCUAUCAUUAGCCUACUUAGAAUUUGUAAUGUGACAAGAGGACCCAUACUUGGAUUUACAUCGGCAAGGGUAGUGCCUAACUUGGGUGGUGCUUAAAACUUAUAUAAAUUUCUCUCCCAUCAUUUCACCCGAGAGUGACUCUGACUGAAUAGUAAAAGCGCUAUUUUGGAUUUUGAACUGUUCUGGUCAUAUUCCUCAUCAGCUAUCGUCGGUUUUGAAUACAAGAGUUUUCCCGUUUAAUCCCCCGAUGAAAGCUCAGUGUGGGCCAUUUGUGUUAAGUGUUUGAGAGGCUCUGGAAAAAUUAUGUCAUCUACUCAACAAAAGCCUACUGUUAAGUCUGAGAAUUUUAGGAACAUAUCUGAACAAGUUUUGAGGUUUGUUUGCGUGUCUCACUUAAGUGGUCAUGCUAUUCUCAAGCUUUGACAAAUUUUGUAAUUAAAGAGGCUAAGUGAGAGGUUUGGUGUUAUCGAAGAAAUUAACAAUUAAUUACGAAAUUGUUCAACUUUGCCAUUUUUAAUCCGAGUUAAUCCUUUCCAUUCUCCACUAUCCCCAUUUUUUUAAUGUUUUCCUACCUGUCUGGUUUCUGGUUUCAGGCAAUUAAUUUAAGGUUUCCAUUUUUUUUUUUUAGAGGUGAUUCUCUUUGACGCGCAAAAUGACCCCAGCUCCUUUACUGGCGUAGACGACUCUCACUGAAAAGUUUCUUUUUUUACGACUUCAUUUAAUUUAUGUGUUAACGGGACUCUCUUUUUCCAGAUGCUGCAAUAAAGGCUGAUGGUUACUCGACUGGUAACACAAGUGAUGAUCACUGUGCAGGGGGCAGUUCAGGAGGAUUGAUACGACUACGAGGAAAUAGGGUAAAUGCAAAAAAAGGGAACAACAAUAACUGAUAAACGUACGUGAACCGUGUGUUUGCCAGAAGGACAAAUGCAUCAUACGGAAUAUGAUACAUGCAACAUGGUUUCUUAAAAGGGUUUUUUUUCUCUUUGAUCUAAGAUGCAAAAAUAUUUUCGUUAGUGGACUAUAAUGAUUAUUGACCUAAGACAAAAAGCCUAAAAUGAAACAAAUUCAUUAACGGCUCUUUAUUUCUCUCAAGGUGGUGAUAGAAAAAAACGGAAGUUUAUCUGCAGUUGGUGGGGACAGCGGCUUUAGCUCUAACCAUUCGCAUUACUGUGGAGGUGGUGGUGGAGGUGGAGUUAUUCAAGUCUUUUCGCAAACCGAUAUUAAAAGCUAUAAAGCAAAUAGUCUGAAAAGGACUAAUGGUGGACGAGGAUUGCGAAAUGGCGAGGCAGGACAAGAACAAGUAGCUUGUGAGUAUUCUUUAUAAGAACCCAAGUAGUUAGGCACAGUAAUUACUAGAACAAACGCCCCCUCAAAACACGCCUAUGAUGAAGACAAAACAACUUAUAACCACCAAUCAGAAGAAUGCAGCAUUAAUUCAAAGCAAUUACGGUAUAACCGCAUUCUUGGAAUAAGAACAUGGUUUGUUUUACUUAAUGUUUUACAAAUGCUUUCCCGUAAUAUUUGUCGGUGAUUUUAAGAAGUUGUGAUUUUGAAAAUAAACGCAUCGGAAAUGCCAAUUAAAUUACCAUCGUAUUGAAUUGAUUAAAUGAGAUAUUUUUAGACUCUCCCGUAAUUAAAGUGCAAAACGCGAGCCCCACGCCUCACGUGUUGCUUUAUUGAUUUGGUGAGAGAUGAAUCGAUACCACAUCCAAUUUUGGGUCUCUGUAAACGGCAAUUAUCAGAAAAUGGCCCAAAACGGAUCAGAGAAUAAGAACUCUAUUGGGAAUCUAGUGUAUUAGCUUGAUCCUGUUUGAUUUGCACAAACGUGAAAAGCACCUGAAAGAGGUUUGAAUUAGAGGUCCAUUUCAUGUUUCAUCAGGAAAGAAAAAAUAACGACAUGGAAAGAAUAUGCAUAAGGGUGGGGAGGGAGGGUUUGUUCUUACGUCGACUAGUCACCGAAGAGCACGUGGAAACCAGUCAAAAGAAAACCCACACGUAUACUUAAAGCUCUGUUUCCGGAACACAUCCGUACUUGUAGAAUAAGUUUAUUCUUCGAGAGGACAGAAAAUUCUUUCGUGACCUGUAUACUGACUGUCGGGGCUUUUAAGGCUUUAAGAUUCAAUUGCUUUUGUUUUCAAGCGGUUUCAAUUAAGAACUCAAUUCAAAAGCAGCCGCGUUUUCUCAUGGCUUUUUUUUCCAGUUGUAUCUUAUGAGAAAGAAAGUUAAAGAUACAAAAAUAGAUUUCUUUUUCUUUUUUUAUUGCAAAUCGAAAGAGGGCCUGAUACGCAACUAAAAUACAUUGAGAUGAUGGAACUGUAUGAAAAACCUUAGAUGCCAUGCGAUGGGAUUAUUGAAGGGUUAACCGAUUGCGUUUUCAAUUAAUUUGCUGGCGUAAACCGAUCAAAAACAGCAAUCUGUAGGUUAAGUAAUCAUACCCAGAGCUUCUCGAACUUUGACGGAUACAAAAAACGAGGAAGCUUGCGGCUUUCAUAAAGACCUCUUCACAGUGGGUAACCUCAAAUUCACCCCGGGCGAUCCAAAGGUUGUUUCGGUUUUUCUUAUGGCGUCAAUCCAUUCUCCAUGAGAUUAAGGUAAGAGGCUAUCAUUAAUCACCCGCGAUGCUUCAGGUGAGUUAUUAAAAGGAUUAUCCCCUCAUCUUCGUACAGAAUCGCUUGUUCCUUGCAUUUAGCAGGAGGAACAUAAAGAAUUUUCUCUUCCUGCCAUUCGAAUUUGUCUGGUGACAUUACCUACCCUCAGGCAUUGACAAAUUAGCGCAUAUGCUCAAACGACCAAAAGAAUGCGAUAGAGGAUACACAACAAAUAUACAGUUUACACCCCGUUAACGAAAAGACAAUGUCAUCGACCUCUCAGACAAUGAGAGGUUAGGUAUAACCAGAAUUUUUGUCUUCCUAACUUACGGGCAGCGGGACACAUCCACUCACGACGAUUAUUGAGUGUAUAGAAUUCCGCGCAUGAAACAUGUGUCAUGAUGGAUUUCCUCACGUUACCUUCACUCUGCUUCUUGUAAGUUGUUUUAUUAGCGGAUGUGUUGGGGAGGAUCCAAUGUAUAGUAAGUAUUCUAUUAAGUUUGUUCUGAUGUACGGUUACUACUGCUUCAUGCCCUACAGUGAGACUAUCGAAUAAACAUGCGGCGAUGGGCAAGCGAUUCGCCUCAUCUGCUCAGAUAAGCGGUUUUAGUUAUAAACCAAAAGGAAAUCCGGUAAGAUCGUGCCAUAGAGAUUUGAUUUUUAAAGUCACUUUUCGAAAGAUUUCGCCGCUUUGCAAUGGGUCCGGUGAUUUCAAGAAGAAAUUCUCAAUUUCGAUAGGUCCCUGCGGGACGCAAACGAUCUGAAUCGUUUAAGAUAGGUGUGUAUUUCUAUUAGAUAAGUCUUCAGGUGGACACCCACUGAUAAAUUUUCCUCGAAUCUUCCAUCCAAAACACUUUUUACACAAUCCUCUAAUCCGCAACAUGUGAAUUUAACUACUCCUUUCCUCUUUCGUUACUAUUCUGUGUUUUUACUGUUGAGAAUUUUAGGAAUUAUGCAACGCGGCAGUUUAAGAAACACUUGACACGGCCUUUGAUGAUUACAUUAAUGAUAAUAACCUUUUUUAAAUGGAUGCGAGACAAGUCGAUGCAAAGACAAAUUUUAUUUGUUCCUAAUCAUAACCUGGUAACAGUCGCAUUAUAUUUGGCGAGUUCAACUUAUUAAUUUGUCACUUAGCCUGUUAAGUGUAGAGUAUUUCAAUCAUUUAUCGUUGCGAAACAUAUCAAUUUUCUGAGUCAGAGUGAAAAUAAUAAAAAAAAAACUAAUUGGAUUAUUUAAUUGAAAUAAAGUCAAGUUUGGUGUAUCCAUUUUCCAGGUAUGAUUUAUAAUAUAUAGUUGAUCUUUUUCCAAGGAUAAAAUUUUUGUUGGUCUGUUGCUUGAUUUCCUCGGAUAACGGGAACAAAAUACUGAUUAUUUUGGCGCAAAUUAAAUCCAGAGUCACAACUGAGUAAUUGAACAUUGCGACAGUUAACCAAAAUUGCUGUAUCAACUCAAUUUUCGUGCUCAAAUAAACACAACUUUCCCGUAAAAUCGACUCGUUAUUGCAACAUGACUAUUCGGACCCAAAUCCUUUUUUUUUAACUUGCAUGUGCAGACAAGGUCAUUUGCUUGCGAGCUGUGAGUAAUAGAUAAUUGCUAUUUUCGUCCGAGCAUACUACGUCUUUGUCUGCGUCAAAAGAUGUCAUGGUAAGAUUGAGAUUGUGGUUAGUUGCAGGUCAAAUCCUCACAUGAAAUUAGCUUAUGGGUUCGAUAUUUUAGCGGAGUUUUCACUGUUCUUAUUUCAGGUUAACCCUUAUUAAGGUAAAAUAUACAUGCUGCUCAAGUGUGACUUAAUAAAUUUAUUCUAAAAGGUCAAUGGAAAUUUCGGUUACGAUAUGAUAACCGAUCUCUAUAGUUUCUAAUGCUUUACCGCAGAAAUAAUUAUUUAGUUUUGACUUAGCGUGGUUUCAGCCUGCUAAAAUUGUGAAAAUGGAACGAGCCGAGUCCACGCGAAUAAUCGUGAAAUCGAACAAACAAAGCUCUCCGCUGGUCAGUUCCUAGUCCACUCUUCAUCCAAUCAUCUGUGUAAAACAAACAGUUUACGCCUCAGUCACGUAAAAAUUCACCAAUAAUUUGUAGUUAAGUACAUUAACGAGCUGUGAUGAGUGUUGAAAGUUUGAAGUGUGCAACAGAGAAUAAAAACAACAAUUCCUUGUGGUACAGCCCGCGGUAUCUUUAUAACUUCUUCACAUAUACUCAAGACCUCUUCCUCUUCUAAAGUGCACACGGAUUAAUUUGCAGAUUUUUGCUCUAAGACUUGUAUCAUCUUUCUCUAUUACACCCUAAAAUAAUAAUAAUAAAUUUUCAAUGAAAUGCCAAGAAAACUCGUGAUUAUGAAUCAUUGAAACAAUAUUUGGGGCUUGGUUCCUCUUCCUUCACUUCUCCCUUAGGAUCUUGUCACCAGUUCUCUUUUUCGGGCUUUUCUUGAUCAUCUUCUCCUAAGAUUCAAGGUCAAGGAAAAAAUGGGUAAAUAUUUGUUUUCUGUCAACAGACAUGCUUACGACUGUUUUGAUUUUUUUGCUUGUGGCCGAGUUUGAAAUGGUUCUUUUCGAUUCUAUCAAGGAUAAAAAAAAAUUAUCUGACCAAUUUGUUUGGUAAAAAUAAGUUUGCAUGGUUGCAGAUAAGCUGUUUUGAAUUUGAUACCGCGAUUUGCAUGCGAGCUGUUAUAUCUCGUGCCCCGAUAAUCGGUACUGAGAGCAUUACAUAUAAGUUUGAUAAAAAGCGACACAUUCAAGAGCUUCAGAAGUUGAAGCAAAUUCAAUUUUGCUAUCUGUAUUUCACACCUAUUUUUAUGAAGACAGUUCAGAGAAUAGGCUUAUAUACGUGCCUCUUCAGUAAGUUUAUAGGAAGAGGAAGAUUACAAAAUCGUGAAUCGUUUUGGGAACUCGAAUUACAAAACCAAUAUCCUCUUUAAAAGGCUGAUAAAAGCCGAGCAGAAAACAGAAAAGAGGGAUGAGAGGAGAGGGAAGGGAGAAAUUGGCCAAUCCCACCAAGUCCAAGAGUUAAUCAAUUUCAUCAUCAUUCGACCUUCUUUUCCUGUAUUUAUUGCUUUAAUCUCAUUGGUUGACUAAAGUAGGUUAAUGACCUCGAAUGUACAAUUGCCAUGAGCCUCUGACAUAUUUCACCUAGUAAUUUUUUGUUGUCCAUUUGAUGUCCUUUUCAAGGUGUUCUGUACUUAUACAAAGAUCACAUAGUUUCAAUAAAACCGUAAUGGUUUUGAAAUGAACUUUGAAUUCUUUACACUGCACUCGGCUGCCUUUCGUGCAGUUUUUGAAUUUUUCUUUCUUUCUACUGCAAGCGUCUGCGUUUAUCCUUGCCGUUUAGUCUCUCCAAACACUUUCUAACCGCUGAGCUUCCUUUUUUUUUUAAGGUCCAGGUAUUCUUCACAACGAGGCUUUGAGAUUUUUUUUGAACUCAACUACGCAAUGACAGCGACGCAAGAUUGCACUGCUCUAUUUAUCCAUCGUAUAUCACCUAUUGACACAUACUUUCUUGAACCAUUCUGCAUUUCAGAAUCUGAAAUAUACAGCUUGCUUUAGUUUUGUUGCCAACGAACUAAAGAUUACUGGCUUUAAUGACAGCAUGAACAUCAGAAACUUCUGGAAUGAAAAAACGCGAUUUCAAAAUUACGAACAGGCGACCUUGCUCAAGAGAGGUGAACAAAGAACACUUAUAAAAACGCUGGGCCUGGUUUGAAAAUUGAUUAAUGUUGUCCAUUUUAAUUGAAGGGUUGAGUGCAAUGCAAGAGUGUUUUGACCGAUAAGACUAGCGGAGAAUGGUUUUUAUCAAUUAAUAUGAGAAGAGUUCACCCAUAGGGUAAAUAACUGGAAAAUAUCAAAGUGGAGUUCUCCUGAUAUCUGGUAGAGUUAAUUGAGUCUAUUAUCACCGGAGAGUAGUAAGGAGGGAUUUUGUUCAUUCUUCUAAUGAUAAGUUAGUGCUGAAUACUAUACACUAUACAACGAUAUGUCUGAUGCAAAAUCUUCUGAGUGAGAAAUCGCUAUCAAACCCAAUGAUCGAUAGUUUUUAAUGCAAUCCAAUGCUACAUAUGUAGCGUUGAAAUAUAGAUAUUUAACCGAUUUUUUAUUCUUAAGCGUGUGGGAAGUGUAAAAGCUCUCUUCAUGGUAAAUUGUUACCUACGAAAAAAGUGUGUUCAUUCGUUGUAUCUCAAUGACCGUACAAAAAAUCUAAAUCGUGCUAACUCUUCUUUAAAACAUUCAUUAGUUAUAAAUAAUUUGAUAGAAUAUGCCUCAAGAAAAAAAAAAACAAAAAAAAAACAAAGAAAACAAGCAAACGAACAAACAAGAUACUUUCCAUAUCCUUUCCCGUCCACUUCCUUUGACCUCCAAUCUGCAUUCGUUGCAUUUGAUCGCUUGCGCAUCAAAGCGCAUCUUUCAUGGAUUUUCGGGUGCACUUAACUCAAGGGGAUAGUGUUAUAUAUUUAGAGAAUGACCUUGAUGAGUGCAUAAUUGCGCGAGAUGAACGAGUAAAUAAAUACCACAUGAAACAGCGAAGAAAGGUUGUUAUUGAUCUGAUACAGAAAAAGAUUUCAAAUAUGAAAAAAAAAACUAUUGUUGAGUGCACGUGGCGAACGCAAAAGAUUUCAUUAACUUGUGAAUUUUAAUGAGAGAUUUUUAACUGAUCAUUCCCGAAUUCGAAAGCUAUCUUAGGUGACAGUUCUGCAAAGAAAGUUUGUAACGUCUUAACAUUACAUAUAAUGUGGGCAGUGGCCGUCGGUUUUUUUCAAUCCAAAAAAAAUACAUCUCCCUUUUCGUCUGGCAUUUUUAAGUUUUCGUUGUAACUGCAAAUUUUCACUCGAAUGUUAGCUUCCUAUCGUACUCAGGAUGAAGCUAAAAAAAGCAAAUGUUUAAACUGACGCCUUCCUUUGGGCGUACCACACCAUGACAUGUCUUCGGCAUUUGGAAAUGACAACAGUAGCAACGUCUAUUGAUUAAAACUUAUUGGACUUCUGAAAUUCUUCUUAUUUACCUGAGAGUCCCUUUGAGAAAAGCUUCCAGCCUUGACAUUUUGACAUGUUCUUGAGACGUGAAGUGGAACAAUUUAUUAUCGGUGUAAGCCCUAUUCUAUUCAAUAUUAACUAUACUGAAAGCCGCUCGAGCAAGCGGUCUUAUUAAAGUUAUUAAUAAACUAAACAGUAUCUGAAUAACUUUUUGCAGUGUACUUCGACCGCCAAAUGGAUUUAAAGAUCAACACAACAAGUUGUAAAAUGUCCUGGACUAAUAAUCACGAAUACGCUGGCGAAAUCGAGCAAAGGACUUUCGAGAAAAUGGCUUACAACGUCUGCAAAAUCGAAUUCAGUUCAUCAAUUCGUAUAGGAAGACAAGUGAGCGUAAAAAUCAGUGGAAAGAGAGCUUUAUCUUUGAUCAGUAUGCAUGGAAGCAUUGAGAUAUUUUCCCAGAUAGAUAUCGACGCCACGGAACAUUCGGAUGAAAGCCUCUCUGAGACAAGCAUUGGAGGAUACGUAAAAGUGUCCCAUGAUGACAAACCCGCCGGUGCGUUACUACGACGAUGAUAUCAUCUUAUUUGACUCCUAUAAAUGCAAUUUUCAACUGUUUUGGUUUGCUUUACCUAGCCAUUUGAUUGGUCCAGAAAACUCGCACCACCCUCUCAACCAAUCAGAUUGAAAACUAUAAACUACUCGCGGCUUGGUCGCGCACGACUUUUUCGCGCUUUACACAAUGUAUUUGUGACAUUUUCCUUUCCUAUUAAUGGCUCUUCUGAUUACUUCCACCUUUGCUCUGUUAGGUAUGCUCGGGCCGAUCAAAACCAGUUGAGAUAUGAGACGUUGAAGAGACAACCUAUGAAAAAUGAAAACUACUCUCUUAGCGCUUUUUAUUUCCGGUACCAUCCCAGACUAAUUUUAAGGGGACAAAAAUCUCAACAUAAAAUUCCUGGUACUUUCAAUGUUGCGACACUUACUUUUUCUUACUUUCGAGGUGCCUUUAUAUGUUUGAUUAUUAGUGUACAUCUUUCAAGAAAAACAUCUCUAAGUUGCGUUUUGUUUAGAGUCAAUAAUUUCGACGAGUUUUGCUUCGUUUCGCUCACAAAGGUCCUGCUGGUCCUAACUGUAGUUCGGAUGAAUUGUAUGGUCGAGAUUUUGAUUCCUUGUUAGGCGGAAGUGUAUGUUCGUGGGAAGGUAAGUGAAAUCAAAUUCUGUUUGAAAAUGCAAUUUUGAUGAAGUGUAGAGAGUAAAUGGGGAUUUCUCGCUAAUGAUAACUAUGACAAAAAUGAAUUCCGACGAUGUUAAUGAUCAUAUUGAUAGUAAUAAUGACACCAGUAAUAGUACUAAUAUUAAUUCCAUUAGUAUUAUUAUACUAUCCCAUAUCAAUAUCAUUUCAUUAAUUAUAUUAUUGUAAUCAUUAUGGAUCCAUAAUGAUGACGAUACUCAACUAAUUGUGAGCCUUUCACACGACAAAUCCCCGCAACCAAAUUGAGUGUUUACCUAUGAUAGUGACCCCACAGACAACGAAAAGGAGCUCGAUGCAAUUUUUCCCAUAUCAUUCAUCUACAACUCUUGAAAUUGUUUUGUUUUGCUAAAUACUGUCUAAAGGGUCUUUUUUAUUAAUUCACAGUCAACAGUGGAGAAGGAUUUAAGGCUGUCGGAGGAGGGGCUUUGGAGCUGAGAGCAGAGUCUGGAGCAAUUGUCAUAGGUAUGAACAUUUUGAAAAACCGUUUGAUCUCUCUCAAGGCCUUUACUGCGUUGAAGGGUAAGGAAGUAAAAUAAGAGAAAAAAGCAAUAAAUAUGUUUAGUUAAGCCUGCUGCAUGUUGCCAAAAUUGAAGGCAAACCAACACUUAUUAAUGUACAUGCUCGAACUAAGUUUUGGGUGACAGAGUAAAGGUUCUUGGAUACCUUCAGUGAGAAAUUUACGAAGCCAAGAAUGUAUACAUAUAAGACUAAAUAAAUAAAUGAUUGAAUGAAUGAAGAAAGGAAUGGUAAUAGGAACGAAGAGUGGAGAAUGAAAAAUAAUGAAGAAGAGGGGAAGCAAGAAAGGAAGAAUUUACUAAAGAAUGAAUGAAUGAGUUUGACUUUUUCUCUCUGCAGAUGAAAUCAUUUCUGCAAAUGGUUUCUCUAAUAACAGUGGUAACGCCGGUGCCAUGGGUGGAACUAUUCGUUUACACGCCAAUGAGGUUCGAGGAUUAAUCAUAUUAGAGAAUUUUUCAAUUGAGAGUCGAAAGUUAUCCGGAAUUGCCUCGGUUUUCUUUUACUUCGUUCUGUGAUUGGUCUGAAAGACUCGCGUCACUUUGUCAUUUAGUCAAGUCAAAAACUAAGACCAAUCACGCCUUGGUCGCCCGCAUUUUGCCGUAAUUUAGGUAGUUUGGUUGUAUUUACUUUGACUUCCCAUUGGCUAUUGAAGAUAUUUUCCUUUUUUUCCGAUUGGCUGUUGUGAUUACCUCAGUGCUGGUCUUACGACACUCAAUCGAAAAAUUCUCAAAAGAAAAGUUAUUAAUACGUAGAACACGUAUUAAUAUUUAUAGAAUGCGUCUAAAUCAGUACGUUCAAUGGAGAGAAAGUGCAGUUUGGCAUACAAACUUCUCUUUUAUCACCAGAUCCAUCUGAAAAGAAAAGCUCUGUUGACAGCUCGCGGCUCAGGUGCAGGUGGAGGUGUGGUUCAGCUGAGGAGUGUUGUUGAUGUGGAUGGAUUGUGCGAAUCCAAAUUUAACGUAACUGGCAAGACAUUUGGUCUUGUUAACAUCCUUGGUGAGUAUAAAAAAACUAAGAGCAGAAAUAUUCACCGCAGGUGAACUGCAAUCUUAGCAAUUGCAGAUAAGAGGCCUGAUCAAAUUCAAGUUUUGACGGGAUUCGGACCCGUGCCCCCAGAUACUCGUUGCGCACGUUGAGUGCGUUGGGCGCUACUACCAACUGAGCUAGUGGGGAGCGUGGCGAAUUUUUCUGCGUCGUUCGUACCCUUCUCUGCAAGUGCUAAAAUUGGAGCUCACCUCCGAGGAUCAUUUCUGCAUUUAAAUUUCAUUCGUAGGUCAAAAAUUGAAUUCAUUAAAUUCCGCCAAAGGAUUUGGGCGCGCGUACACCAUUGACAACGCCGUUAUGUUGCGGACACGAUAUAUCGUCUUGAAAAUAACGUCCUUGAGUCUUACUUAGGAUAGCAGCUUCCUAACCAAAGUUGAAAUAAGCUUAUAGACAAUCCCACUUGCUAUCACGUUGCUACUUCAAUUCUCGGUCAUGAUGUAAGUAAAAGGAGAACGCAAUACCUAAUCUAUAUGUUUCUCUGCUUCAGUUUCCACGAAAGCUACGAAUCAAGCACAGUACAUUCAGGAUGGAUAUUUGGAAAUUGACACCACUAACGCAAGGUGGAUGCACAAGUUGGCAACAAUGAACGGUUCCAUGGCAUAUUCGUACUAUGGCGAAUUCGAAACACGGAAUUUAAAUCCUACUUUUCAAUAUAAUGUUUCCAAAUUCGAGUUCCAGACACCGAUUCUGAUCAAUGGCUCCACGAAGGUUAGCGUGUUCGGGUUACACUCACUUCUGGUGGAGAGUAUGGAGGGUAUCUACAUAGGAGUGGAUAUAAAUUUGAAAGAGUCCGAGGCAACAUCGGGCAAACGAGUCGGUGGAUAUUGCGUCACGAGCAGCAACAGAACAGGUAACUUCUUUUCUUUUCAUGAUCCCGAAAAGGGAUGCUAUUGACUUAUCGACUCAAAAAAAGAAAAGCUAGGUUCGCAGGGGGGUCCUAGAAAACUGGAAAGUUGAAUUUUUUAAUUGAAUGAUCCACAACGUGAAAUUCCCAGUAAAGGAAUAGUGGUCCUUGAAAGUAUUGGAAGUUCGGAAUCCGGUGUUCAUGUAUCAUUCGAUUUAAUAUACAAGUAUACUUUACAUGAAAAUGCGGCUAUUACAUCGGCGACAUAUCACCAGACUUUUCGUUACUCUCAUGACUCAUCAAGUUGAUAUUGUAAGAAGACAUCUGAUCACUCCUGAGAGUAGAGGGGUUAAUCUGAAUCUUUUGAGUCCUGGAAAUUUCUUUUCCGAAAAAGCCGGGGUAAGAACUCUGACAGGUGCAUAAGAAGCCAACCCUGUACUUUUUCAUGGCUAAUUGGUGCUCCUCUCCCUUGUCGCUACUUGUGAAUAAGCCAAGCGAAUUUUAUUUUUUCGGUUAUUUUUGUCGGCUAAUUUUUAAUGUCUGACGUUACAAGAUGAGUCCUCAUUUAUAUCGCCUCUGACAGCUUGAAGGUGAAGGGUCCACACAGGAAGGUAACCCUCAUUUGUGCUGUAUUACGGCGCUGGACUGUGUCCAACUCCUUCUCUCUGCCUAGUUCCACUGUUUUUUUUCAUUUUUCAAAAGCAAAUUGAUUGGUACCCGUUUCUUAGUGGCCUUUUUUCUCAAAUCUCUUAUAUAUCUCUACCUGCUCGUCAACUUUCAGAUCAUGCUUUCAUUCACUUUGGCUUAACAGGGUCGUCAGAAGUUAUUUAAUCCUUUAUGAGGAAACUUAUUAUUAUGUGAUUGUUUUCAUCUUAUCCUCACCAUUUUUAUACAAUCGACUCCCUAUGAACGUAAGUAUCACGUUUGUUUCGCUUUGAACAGACGGAAAAGGCCCUGGCCGAGGGCAGCCUGGCAAGAACGCAGGCGCCGGGCAUGGUGGAAAGGGCGGCUUGCUGUUUGAAGAUGAUAACGAUUUCAUUUAUAGUAAAACAUAUGGAAUACAGCCUGAAGUACAUCUUAUUGGUGGAAGUACAGGUAAGAACUAUAGAAUAUUUUUUAUUUUCAUUUUCAGCCGCGAAUGUAUUGCGAUAUUAGGGUCAGUAGCCCACCUAAGGAGGUCGAUAGUGCUAAAAAUGUAGUAAUGUUAAUGUAGUCAGUUAGUGUCCGCGUAAGUGAUUAGUUUGUCAUGUCAGCCAGUCGUUUAUAGAAUUGUUGAGGCGGUUGUUGACUCUGAUCAUGAUGCACUUUUUUACUUUGGUUCGUCCGUUUGAUAAUUUGUCCAUGGACUAUUAAUGAAGCCUUAACCUAUUCUUAAAUCACUUAUUCGGCUGGUUGGUCAAUUGCAAUCACUAAGCCUGGAAGGUCAGCCUGAAUGUCAGAUAAUUAGCUGAUUGUUUGUGAGGAUUGUUUUCAGAUAUCGUAGUUUAUUUUGCUAAUUCUAACUUUGUUAACUACAGGAACGUCAAAUUGCUCGUCAAAUAAUUGUAAGUGACCAUCACAGACAAACACUGGCUACUUCUUUACGUCGUUUUUCCUGUAUUGCAUAGACAAACUACUGUUCAAUUCGUCCUUCCAAUGCAUACAUCGAAAAAAAAACAACAACAACAAAACAUCAAGAUAUGGGAUAUGGUGGAAUUCCUAUGAUUUUUCAAGAAGUCAACUUUGCAAGUCUCGUUCCGAUGUGAUGUACUUCGUAAUUACGGAUGUAAAUAUUGGCAACUAGCUUACCUUUGUGCGCAGAAAAAGAAGCAACUCGAAGUUGUGUCUUUUGAGGGUUUUUUUCGAAAUUGGCUCGAGUAAUUUUGGCCAGAAUCAUAGUCAUAAAAGCCUGAACUGAGAACCUAAUACAGAGAUAAAAUUAAGUAUCCAGAAAUUGUCCUGAGCUCAAUGUUUAACUCGAGUUUCAAACGUGUUUUUAAAAUCGCUCGGCUCUCCAAACACGCGCUUCAUGACACACAAAGGAGCUUUCACAAUUUGUGCGUUCCAAUUUAACUUCAACCAUCUUUUACAGGUACCACCGAGGAUUUCAGUCUGGUAAUAGGUUGUGGUGGCGGAGCGAUUGAAAUUUUAUCAGAAAAGAACUUAACAAUCGGUAAAUAUCUUUCAUGCUGAGGCAGACUACGAUCGUAUCUCGAAAUCCAGUCCUAAAGGACCAAUCCUCUAACUGGUUGAGAGGUUGACGCGAGUCAGUUUCUUAACCAAACAUAGCGAAGUGAAGCAAAACCAAAGCAUUCACUUUCUUGAAUCGAAAAGUAACAUGAGAUGGAUUACCUUUUACCUAUUAGUUAAGGAUUCGCCAUAGACUUUUUAUGUUGAACCGCUGUUGACGCAAACUGAGCCGAAAUCAUUGUUUAUACCUUUAAUUUCCCCUUUCGCCUUAAGCAUUCUUAACUUUAUCUCUUAUAUAAAAGUAAUAUUGGAAGCUAGAAAAUCUGGCCGUUUGCAGACAGCUUUUCAUCAAGAUGUUAGUAGGGCUUUUAAACAAACCUUGCUGGGUCGUACCCAAAUUGGCACAUUUUCGCGCUCCUGAGACGAUUUCUCUCUUAAAAUUGGCAACUGCGCCAAAAUUGUUCUCAGUCAUGAACAUUUCAUAUUAUUUGUUGAGGGUUGCAGGUGCCUGCAGUGUUGUAAUGUGCGUUGCAAUUAUACACCUCUAAAAAAAGUUGUUAGAUAAUUAGGUAACGAUUGUUUUCUUUGUGUUUCAGAUGCUGUGAUCAGCGCUAAUGGUGAGACAACUACACUUGAAUCAAUGGCUAGUAUGGGUGGAAGCAGCGGGGGAACAAUUAUUCUUAGAUCUGAAAAGGUGAAUGAAUAAGUAGAAAAUAUAAUUGACGCACAAAGACUAAUUAUGUUUGACUGAGACAAACACAGAAAUUGACGUGGGCGGGGUUUUAUUUCAAGAAUUUGCUUAAUGAAAUGGGCGUCUCCUCUUUGUUUGUCGAGGGUUGACGUGUAUACAGGUAUCAAUCCAUGAAAAUUUAUCAAAAUUAAACAUGAUUUACCUUGACAAUAAUUCUUGACAAUAUUGUUGACUGAAAUUGAAAAACGAUUGACUCUGACCUGACAGAAUUCAUAUUUUCCGUUUCUUUACUUCAUAGCAUGUGAUCCUUGGUGACAAUGCGAGGCUAGAAGCCACGGGAGCAAAUGCUCAUGCAAAAGGUGGUGACAAUUCUAUCCGCCGUGGGGGAGGUGGAGGAGGGGUAAUUGCAAUCUUCAGCAAAGGCAAACCAGUUGGAACUGAAAUACUAUCUCCGAAUGAAAACACUGCGGGGGGAAAUGGUUCCACUAGUGGAGAUAACGGCCUAGUGGUUAUUAACGGUAUGUCAUCAGUUUUAAGUUUUAACCGCCAUUAAUUACGUUUAAUGGGUAGCCUCAGAUUUCCAUGUUCCAUGCGUACGGCGAACGGCGAACGGCAAACGGCAAGGAUUGAUCUUUCACUUUCAGCCUUUCAGCCGAUUGUUCUGUAGACAUAGCUAAUUGCAAUUUUGGUGAAUAGAGUUUAAAUUGCAGGAGUAAAGGACGUUAGAUGUUCAAUGGAAAUAUUAAAGCGCCGUUGUGAUAAGUACAGUAUGAAUCAUUAAAUUCUUUUAAUCCUUUACAGGCUUCAAGAAGUACGGAUAUCCAGCGAAAGGUAAUUAUAUUCUCGUGGAAACUAUAAAUAAAGAUACUGUACAAACGCUUUUUCUUUGUCCCACGCUCGUGGCAAAACGAAUAAAGUUUUUCUUUACUUUGACGGCUGUGGGUAGAACGAGUGGUGUUGUGGAGCUGGAAUCAAGAAAUGUUUUCGGUUGUUUAUUGCUUAGAACUGGAUCCCCUAGGAUGACAUUUUACUCACAGCACACUUUUAUUCUUUUUCUCCCCCUCGGUCGCAAAGAAAUUACGGGAACUUAAUCGGCUUUUGAAACAACUUUCUUACGAUGAUGAUUUGAAACUUUUUUUAAGAACGAAUGUAUCAUCGCUUCCCCUUUCCCUCCUACCCCCCUCUCCCUCCUUCCCGCUCCUCCCUUCUCCCCCUUCCCUCCCCUUUCCCCUGUCAGGGUCAUAGUUCAAGAGCCUGGUCGGUUUAAUCCCACCUAUACCAUACUUAUGUGUUCCCUCCAGGCUUUAGUGUCCUCCUUCCUUCCUAUUGGGGGAUUGAUCAGCAUCUUUAUUUAACGAUGAAACAAAUGAAGAAACACGAGCUCGUUCAUUACAGUCUAUCAGAUUUUGCUAAGUUUUUCUCUUCUUCUUCGUCAGUUAUUGAGGUCAACGAAAGCUACGAAGGAUGUGUGAAUGGUAGCAAUAUAUCCAAUCCCCAAACAGUGACUAUGAAAGCCCAUGAAGCUUCACCAUCAAAAUGCAUCGAGAUCUGCCGUGAAAGAAAAUCCCAAUGGGCUUACGUAAGGGAGAGAAGCUGCAAAUGCUCGAACUCCAGCCAAACCUCGUCUAAGCUUAUUGAAAAGUGUAAUAAAAGAUGUUGGUCAAAUUCUUCACUUGUCUGUGGUGGCGAUGGGGAUGACGCCUUCAGUGCAUACAAGACAGGUAAGUCAGUUAUUUACCACCAUAUGUUCAGUAUGUUUCCAGCAGGAAAAAUGCAGUUAAGGGAUUUUAUUAUCCCACUGGAUGUAAUUCUUAUAGAAUCUCUAUUAAGUUAUUUCUAUAUCAUCUCAGUUACGGAGGCUCCAUGACAAUCCAGAUAUAACCAGUCCAGUGUCGUGACAUGUAAAAUGGCCCUUUAUUGGCAGUAACCGUAAGAUACUGUGGUGUCAUUAAAAGGAGACAAUGGUCCCAUAAGUAACUUGAAAAUGUUUACGUUGGAAAAGGCCCCCAAGGGCAAUCAAGGAGUAGUUGUCCAUCAAGGAGGAGUUAGCAUUGGCAAGUUUAAGAGAGCUGCGUGCAUCUCAUGUUCCCUCGAUAGGUUUUAUUUAGAUGAUUAGUUCCUCAUUCACCUGGGUGGAGUGGAUUUGCCACAUGAAAAAGUUCCCUCGAUUUCGUAUAGUUAAAGUAUGACAAUACCUGGAUAAAAAUAACUACUACUUAUGAAAACUGCUGGCAAAACUGUUCACUGUGUUUGAGCUUGCCUCCGGGUUACCAGCGAAUUACCCCGUUUUCGAAUUUUGUGAUACUAUAAUUAAGUAAGGUUUUCUCUUUUUUUUUUAAAAUUGAAAAUCACUUUGAUGCACGCGACCAUGAAGAAAACAAGAGAAACGAUACCGGAAACGUCCUUUGUGCAAAAAAAUCUGGUUGCAAAGAUACUUUGAGACUUUCCUUAUUUUUAACUACUACUGAAGGAUUAAGCUUUAUAAACAAAUAGAUUUGACUAGUCCUUGUUGGUCCAAGAAUCUAGAUGACACUUACGUCAUCACGUGAACAAGAACUAAUUUCCAUAGAACAUAGACCUCAGGGUAGGGUGUAUCCCUGCUCACUCCUUGCUUCUAACUAAUACAGAAGACAGCCUUCUCUGUAUUUUUCACUUGGCAAGAAAGGUUAUGAGGGGAUCAUGUCAAAAAAGGCCGGAAACACAACAUACCAGCAAUUGCAAUAGAGAUUAAAACUACAGAGAAAGAGAAUAAUUGAUUAAACCCAUAUGAUUUAAAGUACGUGCUUAUUCAAUUAUUCAGUUAAAAGGUUGAGAUGGUGAAUCUCCGAGGGUUAUAUUUGAGUAAGAUAUUGUUGAGAACCAAUAGCAGCUGUUUUUUGAACUAAUCAAAAUUCAUAUUUCUUGUUCACUUGUCUCUGUCGCGAAUCCCGUGGAGUUUGGUGUUCUGUUACUGUUGCAGGUGAAGGAGCGGGAUCAUUUUUUCAUAAAUCUGAAUCUGCAAAAAAAUCAUAGUCGUGUAUUUAGCUUUAGUUAUAGGAUUAAAAAACGAAGCAUACUGUACAAUCACGAAUUAAGGGAGAGCUGAACCUCUAAAGUCUAAAACAGUUAUAUGCUGUUUUAAUUAUCCAAUUUUUGACAAUGAUUGACGUUUCUGUCAUAUGACACUGGACUAAGCAAAAUUGGUAGAUCUUUCUGAUGUAAUAUCUUCUAUGACCUCUUCUGAUUCUAUGAUAUCAUGGAAACUUAAGUUUUACAGAAUCUAUUUUUGAUGGGAAUUGCGGAUUUUGUGCAACUAAAUAUGAGUCAAUCAUUGUGCCCUACGAUCUUGCGAACUGACAAUUUUUCUUCGUCAAUAAUUAACUACUCAUAUCUAUUGUGGAUCGCAAAUGAAGGUUUGAAUAUUUAAUUUAGAGACAAAUCUCUAGAUUUACAUUAGCAAGCCUAAAAGCUCUUUUACUGAUGGAUAUGAAGAUCGCUCUUCAAAAUAAACAGUUUUGCAAAAACAAAGUUCAAUUUGAAAGGUAGAAUUCAUCAGAAUCAAGCCAUCGCGAUUCACCGCGAAGAUUUUUGGAUAUAAUAGCGAAGAUUUCCACUUUUCAGUAUCAAACACACGGACAAUGUUUGUUUGUUAGUGGGCGCAUUGCACACAUCAGGAAAGGGAACCGACAUUGUUCGAAGAGCUCCUAUAGAUUUCAUUAUCUUCCGGAUACUAAGUUUGAAUGAAAAUUGAAUCUUGCAUUCAUAUAUAGCCCGGCGUCAACAAAGAAGCGGGUCAUUUCUUGGCACACUUUCAAAAGAAAAAAACGCCGAAUUCAAAACUGAUCCUUGUGCAAUUUUGACAACAGCAAGCGGAUUUUGAGGAAGAACUUCACUGUCUGGUGGCAAUGGGUGCUGGACAGUGCGCAAACCUCAAUAAAGUUGUACCUCAAGAAGGGGAAUUGCUCGGCCCAUAUCUGGCAAACUGCGUUAUUAUGUCAUUUCUAAGUAUAACAUCUGUAAUAGGGAACGUAUUAAUCUUGGUUUCGAUUUGCAGAGCUCCUGAAUUUCUUCGCCAGCCAUCGUAUUUUCUCUUGCUCAAUUUGGCUGUUGCCGAUUUGUGCGUUGGGUUUAUAGCCGAACCUCUCUACGUGAUAUACAAAAUAUCUUAUUUAUUCAAUCCACUCUCUGUAAUGUCCUGUUACGCAGGGUAUGUGUUUAACCUAGUCUCUUUUCUUUUGACGUCGCUAUCGCUUUGGACCGCAGCAGCAAUUUCUCUGGAUCGAUUGAUGGCCCUUCAUCUUCAUUUGAAGUAUACCUCCAUCGUAACCAAGCAGAGAGUUGUUAUAUUGAUUGCUGUUUUGCUUGUAUUAAGCGUGGCUUUCGCUUCCAUGUUUGAAUGGGCCAUCGACGAGCAGAACACUGUGUUGGCGUGUGCGAACUCUCUCGCUUUGCUCAUCGCAUUGUUGUCUUACGUAAGGAUAUUCCAAAUCUUGCGCUACCAUCAACGACAAAUUUCUAGUCAUCAGGUUGGCGAAAUAUCAUCGUUCACCGACGGCGGGGAAAUGGACUCAACGGGUAUCUCCUUUCAGGGAGAGGAGAUAAGGGAAAAACGAAGAGAAGCUACUAAAGACGUCAAUGGAAAUAGACGAAAUGAAAUGCGAAGCGAUAACGUACAAAUGGUGGACAAAGGUGAAGAUCAAAGACCUCACGGUGAAAAUCAUAUCAAGGACAACAAGAAAUUGCAGACGAAGGUAUCAUUUGUCUCCCGUGAGAAUCAUGGAUGCUUUUCUUCAAAAGAAGACUUGGAAAGUCUACGAGUAGGUGGUGAAAUGAACAUUGCUGAAGAUAAAGGUCAUGAAGAAGACGAAAUGCAUCUAAAAUUCGGGAGCACAAGUGCUCAACUUGGGAAAAGGACACUAGACCAUUCACGAGAAGAGGAAAUAGAUGUACAGAAAAUCGAAGAAGGAAAAGAAAAAUUAAUUAGAGUAGAAGUGAAUGAAGCGAGAAGAAAUGGAAAAAGAAGCAGUGAAAUGAACCACGAAUGCCCAAUCGAGAUGAAGGCUUUGAGUACUUUGCGAGCAGAUCGAAAUAAUACUCGAAACAAUCAAAUGAAAGGAGAGAAUUCCGUUGUCCCAGAGAAGCAUAACGAAAGUAGGUCAUCAGAGGGCGAAAUUAAUUUUGAGGGAUUUGGAAAAAAUCAGAAUUGUUUGUUAAUAACUGAAGCACCUUCCAUUAGACAGAUAACACAAGAAAGAUCACUUGAAAUGACUGCCAAAUGUGUCACCAUUGUUGGCCAUGGUAGGACCAAUACAGACGUCAACGAGCAAAGUGAUAUUAAUAUUGUCAAUAGAAGGAAAAAAUUUCAAAUGAGAAAGUUCAAGAAGUCGUUUUAUAACAUGUUUGUUAUAUGGUUUCUCAUGUUACUGUGCUAUUUACCCCUCAUAUGCACAUCUAUAUCGUUCCUAUUGAUUGGGCGUAGUUAUUCUAUGCACCUCGCGUUCAAUUUCACAACAUCUGUAAUGUUCAUGAAUUCUAGCAUAAAUCCUAUCUUGUUUUGUUGGAGAAUACGUGAGUUUCGCGCAGCUGUAAAGAAAACACUUAAAGAAGUGUUUGGAUUUCGGAGCAAUCGCGGUACCUGAUGUAACACUGAUAUGAGAAGAUAUCAAUUAUGUAAACCUUGAAUACAUUAGAUAUGUUUAGUUCAUCUUCAAAGCUUGAAAAAGAACCACUAGGGGUUUGUGGUGUGUGGGUGAGAACUUCACGCUCUCAACAGCUAACCAAAUACCAUAAUUUAUAUUUUCCAAAAACAUAUCUGCAAUUUGAAAGCGCUUUUCUUCUAUGAGAGUAAUACGUUACAACGCUUUGAUGUGAUAAUUGUAAUGAAAUGUCAGUGUGGCGGAAAAUAGUAAAGAGUUAUGUAUAAAUUCUUAUAACUUGUCUGAGACAUUGGAAGCUAUCUUUCUUGGCUUUGCUUACAAAGUGUCGUGUCUUUCUGUCAUCCCCACAAAAGCUGUGUUUGUCAUCACUCUGAGAAGCGUUAGUCAAGCUUCAUUCAUGUACGCCAGUGCAAUUUACAUAUCGAAACCUCCGCUCUGUGCAAUUGACUUGACUGGUAGUUUCGUACAUAUUUACGUUGUUUAGUAGCGUACAAUCUGCUAAAAUCUGGAAAUGUCAUGGGAAUAAUACGCGGCUCAAUUUUUUUAAGGAUAGAAAGGUUCUGAAUUAAAAUUAGAGAGACAUCACACAGAUUUAUACAUUUUAAUCCGGAUUCGCGUCGUUUUAGUUUAACAAGCUCUAUGAUUGGCUCUUGAAAAUUGCGUUGUCGUCUCAACCAAUAAAAUACUGCAUGCGAGCUAAAAGUAACUUCAUAAUGAGGUGCUUUUCCACGCUUGGAGUGCGCUCGUUAUAUUUGUUUGCCUUAUGCUGUGAUCACCUUGUGAUGUUGAUAUUGGUCACUUCAAUUGGUUUUUGUAGUUUUUAUUAAAAACACAGGAAAUAACGCCCUAGGACUUGUAGGGAGUUUAUGAAAAGUGAUGUUUAUGAAAAGAAGCACAAGCGAGUAUAGAAUAUUAGAAGACCUAAUUUAUUUUUGGAAAUAUUAACUGUUUCUUUCCAGACUCUAAUUGCACUGCAUUUCUCAAUAAAUAUAACUUAAACUAAUAAAAGCGUUCUUUGAAACUGAUACCGCAGAUAAUGAUUUCGCCCCGUUAAAUAGCAAUUAUCUUGUUUUGUAAGGCAUAGUCAUCUAAAUUGAAACAUGAAAGUGAAACUACAUAAACCAAAUAAAUCUAACUUGAAACAUUUUCAGGAUUAAAUUUGUUUUCGAUUCUCUGCUUGAACGACUGAGGUGGUGGGCUGAUCCAAAAUGAUUGCGUUUGUUUGUUGGCGAGAAGGACUUCGAAGCCGGAGAUAAUACAAAAAAAAAGAGAAAAAGACUUAAAAAGGCAUAAUUAUCUGAAUAAAAACAAUUUUUGAGCAAUUUUGAGCUGAGCAUCGAAAGCAAUUCAGGAUUGCGUUGGUUUUUCUUUAUCAAUCUCGGCUGUGGGCCUUGAAAACUCAUGUUACCCUCACAAUUGAUCAAUUAUAGAACUGACCAUAACAAAAUAAAAGUAGAUCACCAUUUUAUUUGCGCUUCAGGCUCUUUGCUUCUUUUGCUUUGAGACAUUGUUGGUUUAUUGUUGGUUUUUUCUUUGCUCUGCGAUGGCCGUUGCGAUUACUUUGGUUUUGAUUAAAAGCCACUCGAUCGAAAAAAUCAUGGUUAUAAUUACAACUUUUUAAAAUCGUUAUUCGGAAACUUUGAAAUUUAAUUUCAAAGCUUUGCCAGAGCGUAAUGGUUAUAAUUAAAAUUCUUAUUCUGUCGAAACACGGGAAUCUUGAAAAAUAAAAGUCAGAGAAAAAUAAUAAAUGAAAAAAAUAAAAAUAGAGAAUAAUACAUGGGCGCGCGUAGAUAUGGAAUUUCUCUUCGAGUGUUUAACUCGAUAGCUCACGAGUUAGAUGUCGAGUUGAACACGAGAAGAGAAAUUUUAUAUCAACAUGAAACCAUGUAUUACUUUGUUUAUCAUAUAAACACAACAGCCCUUUACUGACAAGAAAAGCCGACUUCAUUAAUGGGUGAAAAUAAAGUAAUGGACAAUUUCCGAAUAAAAAUCGUUACAAAAACAAUGGCGAAUUUUCAAUUUGCAAAAUUCCCAUUCAUUGACUUUGUCCUUACUGACAGAAGAAAUCUUUGACGGCCAAAUCGGCCUGUGGCUAAUCUUCCAGCUGUCGAUUUUCGUUCUCAGCCGCGAGAAAUGCUAUUACCAAAGCCACUGAAUACGUAAUUUUCAGUUUUUCUUUUCGUUUAUUGGUUUUCUUCCCCUUGUAGGAAAGUUUGAACGUCACUGUCUGCAAAAAAUACAGAUUUUUCAGUGUUUUAGCAGCUGUAAUCUGAGAAAAAUCCAACAAACUACCUUGGAUUAAAAUUGGUGAAGGCUUCGCCGUUCAUUCAUCGACCUGACCGAAUGGCGCGAAAGGCGAGUGACGUGUCAGCAGCUGAUUGGCGAUAUCAUAAAACACUACAAUCAUACAGAAAUCUGUUCGCCAGAAUUUUUUCUUGUUAACAGAGUAAGUAUGCUUAUCUGUUUUCAGGCUACGUCGCUGAAUUUUCAUAUACUAUAAUAUCCACUGCAACUUUAGCAGUUUUUACCACAUCAUCCGUGGUCAAUGCCAUUUCACCAAAUAAGACUGUAGAGGUAACAACGACGCCAACGACGCCAACGACGCCAACGACGCCAACGACGCCAACUCAUGCCACCACAUCAUUAGUGGUCAAUGCCAUUUCACCAAGUAAGACUGUAGAGGUAACAACGACGCCAACGACGCCAACUCAUGCCACCGAUGAAGCGAAGACUACCGAAGAAACGAAGCCUACCGAUGAACCUACGACCACGCCCCCAGACGAACCAUCGGAAAAGGUGAAUUUAUUUUAAAAGAGGCAUGUUGACAAUUGUUGGAAGACUAGGGGUUUAAAAUGUUGCCAUACACAAAGUAAAAUUGUUUAUGGUUUAACUGGCUUCCACUGUCCAAAGUACACAUGACACGAAUGAUAUCCCUCAGGAAUCAAGGGCGGUGGGGAAAGGUCUCUCCUCCAUUCGUAAAUAGUGUAAAAUCUUACAGUGACAUGCAUAUUGAAUACAUUCUUCGUUCUGCAUAGGUAUUUUGUCUUGUAUGAUUAUCAGCUUAGCCUGACAUACUUACAUAUCGAAAACAAGCUCAUUUGAAAGACAAAAAAUUGUCUUUUUUUCUUUAAUUUUUAGUUCAAAGACAUUGCAAAUGUCACAAUCACAGACGAAAACGUCGUUGAAGUUGUAAACCAGCUCAAAAACCUCACCAAAGAGGGAGACAUGAAUGGUGGAGACACGAAAGUCGCCCUGGGAAUCCUGCAGAAAAUCACCAAACAACAGUUUACUUCCCGCAAACAAAUCUGGGCGGCAGAAAAUAGGACAGGUCAGGGGGAAGAUUAGCGAUGAUAAUGACGAUGAUACUUAUCAUGACCAUAAUAAGGGUGAUGUUAAUGACAAUGAUGUCACCGAUGACGACUACGAUGGUAGUGAUGAUGACAAUGUUAAUGAUGACGCCAAAAGCGAUGAGAAAAACCAUAAUAACCAGGAAACGCGAUUACCCGAAAAAUUUUAAAGUCAAUUUUGUGGGAGUUUCUGUCAUAGUAAAUUCUGAGUUCGAGAAGAAUAAUAGUCCCGAUAUAAAUAGAUAGGCAACUUCUUAGAUUCUCUUUCAUUUCAUUCGGUUACCCUACACGAAGAAAUCACAUCUAAAGAUGGCCAUUUUGAAAGUUAGCUGUUCACCAUUGCAAUGCUCUUGUGCAUGGUAAUUAUAGCAAGAAAUCAUGAAAUUCAGACCAAUCACAGAAACUGAAUUGCUAUAAUAACCUGGCUCUGUCGUUAAAAGCACGAUCAGCACUUGUGUACCUCAAAGAGCUCCAUAACGCACAGCUUUUGUGUAGAGCGGCAGGUUUCAAAAAACACAAUAUGUAUACGCCAACAGCCUAAUUCAAUUUGGCAGUUUAUCUGUUUUUUUUCUUUCAGAGCAUUCUUCAUGUUGCCAGCUCACUCUUGUCAGGGGAAAACGCUGCCAAUUGGGGCGUACCAACAGAUAACGAAAAUAAGACGGACAAGGUUGGUACGAUUAGCAAAACGUAGAGUUUCUAUGAAUGUUAUAAUUAUGUUAACGAAUCUAAAAUAGAUGACACUAACAUUUCCCCCUAAAGAACUUGAAUUUGAUUACGCUAUAGCUAAUUUUUGUUUUUCUUUAGGUGACUUCUCAGACCCAAGUUUUGGAAGUUAUAGAAAACAUUGGUCUAAAAAUUGGAGAAAAACUUGGUGAUGACGACAGCUUGGUCGUAGAAAGUGAAAAUAUAGGUAUGUAGCAAGAUGUUUGAGCUUAGUCUCCAAUUUAAAGUUGGAGUCAUGAGAAGUUUCUAUGUCACCCGCACACGAGGCAAGUAGCUACCCUGUUAACGAGACUCAUCCCGGUGUCCGUUGUAUGAGUUGUAUGAGAAGAAGAUAACCUCCCUUGGGUGAGAUUGUAGGUUGCCUCAACCAACCAAGAGCUUUGUCAGGUUUUCUUGAAAGAUCGUUGAUACCCAUUUACACUCCUGAGUGGAAAGAGGCGCUGCGAGAGUCAAUUGUCUUCUCCAAACAACAUAACUCGAUUGCAAACCAAACAGCUAAUGCCCCUCGAAGCUGGUGCAAUGUAAGAUGUACUUUUGCUGAGUAAGAUGUACUUAUGCGUUUAGUUGCCAUUUUUACGUUCUCGAUACAGCUAUGGGUGUAGAGACCAAGAUACCUGACGAGUCUUCCCCUGGGGUGAAAUAUCCAAGAUAUGGUGAACUCGGCCCAGAAUGGAGAGGACAGGAUCGUGUAUUUGUUAAUAGAGAACUCUUCGACAAGAUGGCGGCAGGUCGGUCCGGUUUUGAUGUGCGCUCUUUUAUUCUUAGAACAACGUCACCUCAUGAUAAUGUCAGUGAUCAACUGCUGCCAUUGAUCUGCAGAAAUUUUACUUUUGUCAUCUUUCUGGACAAUUAUCUGUAAUUUUGAAAAACGUCACCUGAUGAUAAUGUCAAUGAUGAGCUGGGGCUAUUCAUCUGUAGACAGUUUGCAGUUUGCUACCUUUUUAUGUCAGUAGUUUUGUCAAUUUGCUCAAGGUAACAAGUGGCUUACAAGUAUUUCUUCUGAUUCUAUUACAUUCUCUUCUCUACAAAGUUUGGUAUGUUAGAUCGCCAUUUUGAAAACAAUUUUGAAGAAAGAUCACGUUACUUAUGUAAGCAUUUUUCGUAGAUAACAGCUCAAGAACAACAGUUGUCUAUGCCAUUUACAAUCAAGUCAGCCAGCAUUUCCCUACGAAUACAAUCAGCAAAAAGAGGUAUGGUGUCUUUGUUUUACUUUCUUUAUUUAUUUUCUUAGUUUAUCACACACAAAGAUAUAUUGACAAUUUUUCACUGUUCAUUAGGUCCUUAGAAGCAGUUCCCAAAGCAUGAAUCAUACAUGAUCAUAUCUUAAGCUGAUUUAUACACGCAUUUUGAUUGGUUCCUUCGUAUGGUCUCUUGGAGGACAGACCCGAAACGACGUCACCAUUGACAGUCUUAAAGUUUUUAGUCACAUAAGACAAAUAGAUUCCAUAUUGCCGUGUGCCUGUACAGUCAUAGAUCACAGAGGAAGUCAAGAUGUGGUGAGAACAUCACUGCCUCACUCAGCGGCUAUUUUUUUUUAUUACAUUUUGACGUCAUCUACAAUCUACAACUGAUCAGAGUACGACAACGAGGAAUUUAUUUGCUUAACAUAUUUUUGAUGCAUUUUCUCUGUUCACUAAGUCAUUAAAAGCACUACCCAAAACAUAAUCAUACAAAGGCCUGUUUUUGACUAAAAUCUAGAAAAGACUAGUUUCCGAGUUUGACUUCAAGAGAACGCUCAUUGUUUCAUUUUCUUAUCAGCUCUGAGAGUCUAAUUGUGAACUCCCGAAUUCUGGCUCUAAAGUUUAACAAGCAACUUCCUACUCCGUUGAAGACACCUAUUAAACUAUGGUUUGAUAAAUUGGAGAAGGUUUGUUUCCGUUUUAUUUCCACUGAUAGCAAGAAUAACAAUUUAUAAAUUGAUUAAACUUGAAAACGAUGUCUACAAUUUCUCACCCUUGACUGAAGGGGAUUAGUAAAAUACUAACUCACCUUAUUUUUUCCCCAUUGAAUACCAAAAUAUAUUAAAUUACUGAAAAAAUAACCCCAAAUACCUGCAUGUUUUCAACCCUAUGUCACCAGGGACCAAAAAAACACGAAAAACGACAUGAUCUGAACCCGUUCUGAGAGAAAAUACCAAAACACCUGAGUGAAAAAGAACCUGAAUUCUCCAUUUCCAAAAAUCACAGAUCGGGCCUGUUGACUUAACCAUCGUCCUUUCAAUUUCAGGGCGAAAAUGUUACGAAGCCUUCCUGUUCGUUUGUGGACUUCAAGAGGUAAAGAAAAUAAACCACUGACCAUUGAUCUAUAGACAGUUUACAGUUUGCUACCUUUUUAUAGCUCUGAGAUCUAAUAUAUUCAUUCUCUUGCUGUGGAAUUUUGAUUUAGAAAAUUUGAAUAUCUGUGACGUUUUCUUUAUACAUAGCGCAAGGGGCUCGUGGUCACACAAGGGAUGUCGCGUGGUCAAGGAAAAGGACCAGAAUGUCGAGUGCGCCUGCGAUCAUCUCACAAACUUUGCAAUUUUGAUGCAAGUGAAGGAAUUUGAAGUAUGUUCUCUGUUUUCUGUAUGCAAUGAUUCACUGGAGUAUAAGAAAUCUGAAUCCUAGUUUUAAGGAUCUAUUAACAGCGGUGGGAAACCCUAUGAACGACUUCUCAGAUUUGAUAAUCAAACAGAUUAAAUCGGCUGAAGAAACUCAAAAUGAAGGAAUCAUCAAAACAAAUUUUCUCUCGUAAAUCUUUUGGGCCCAAAGUAUAACAUUUUCUUUUUCGUAUUAGGGAACAUGAAGAUCCCAUGUCUAGACCCCUUAUAAAGAGAACACAUCAACAGCUUUUAUAUUUCCUAACAAUUGCUUUUUGUUGUCUUUAAGAUUGAACCGGAUCACUAUAAAGCUUUGACAGUCAUUACGUACGUAGGAUGUGGAGUUUCAUUAUUUGGACUCGCGCUCACUUUGGCGACUUUCUUAUCACUUGAGUAAGACAUUUCUCCUCGUUAAUGUUAUUAUUGAUGUUGUUGUUAAUUUUGUCUUUGCUUAACCUCUCCAACCGUUUUUAUAAUAUUUUGUUCCCCCUGAAGUAGUGAAUUAUAAGCGUGGCGUAGAUGAAUCCAAGACAUUCUCUUCAUUCGUGAGGCAUCAUCGUUGACUUUGGUUUCCUGAAAAUAACUUCAUCAUUUCAUUGAAUUUUUUUUGCCCUCAUUUUCAAUAAGUUGAAGGCUGAUGUUAUUUCAGGACGUUAGCUUCAGAACGGACCUCAAUUCACAAGAAUCUUGUGGUAGCCAUUGGACUCGCGCAGAUAAUUUUCCUGGCCGGCAUAGAUGCCACAUACAACCCCGUGAGUAUCAGUAACUAUGAAUGACUUUCAGUUAAGAACCAGUUACUUGUAGCUAAGUAAUGAUAGUGUUAGGUCUAAGAUUAGCAAAUCAUUUUAACCAACUUUAGAAGAUUACAGUCCCCGAACUCCCUUAUUUGCGCCCCAUACGAGCGAUCAACUCAGAGUGAACGCAUGAUCCCCUCUCAUUUGAAAUACAACAGAAUUGACAACAAUCAUUUCUCCUUCCGCAGAUUGCGUGUAAAGCCGUUGCUUUGUUCUUGCACUAUUUAUACACAGCGGCUUUCACGUGGAUGUUAUGCGAAGGAGUUCAUCUGUACAGCAAAGUGGUAGAAGUAUUCAGCGAAGGAUCUAAGAUGAAAUACUACUACGCCUUAGGCUGGGGUAGGUCGAAUUUUCUCUUGGCUGGUCGAGCACUGAUACAAAGCGAACAUGACUUAAUUAAAAAUGAAAAAAUUAAAACUGUGCCAUUUUUUUCUAGGUCUACCGUUGACCAUUGUGUUCAUUUCCGCCUGUUCUCGCUGGGGAGGAUAUGGGAACGAGCGAGCGUACGUAUGGGUAUUAGUUAAUCUACGGCCUAGAUUGUACCUCUUGACAGAUUGAUUCUAAAUGUUACCAUUUCCAAUGCGUACUGAUCCCAUUCAUUCUCGACCGCCCUUGCUCUCUACUGACAUAUUCUCCCCCAGACGGUGAUCCUACAUCUCGCCAAUCUAAGAUUUUCUGGUUUCCUAUACUUUUGAGGCAAUUUUUUUAGUUCGCAGGGAAAACUACUCAAACUGUCGAGGCUUAUCUCGUCUUUUAGCGAUGCUCUCAUAAAAUGAUAGUUCCUACACAACUUUGCUUUACCGUUUGCUUUUACUUUUCAGCUGCUGGAUUUCAAUCACUGACGGGCUUAUUUGGGCUUUUGUUGCUCCUGUUCUUAUCGUGAUGACGGUAGGUGCUUCAGUCUCUCAAUUUUAUCUUCAUAAGUUAUUCCAACAUGAAUUUGCGUCCUUUGCUAAAUUCCUUAGUGCACUGGAACUACGUAUUCUUGCAGAAGGCGAGCGAGUUUGUGAAAGAGAGUGAGAGAGAGGUCUUUCGCAAUCUUUGCCCCCACCAACCCCCUCCAUUUCUUUUUAGUAAAACUACUGCAAAAUUUCGCAAGGAAAUUUUCGUAAUUUGACUUACAAAGUAAAAAUCAUGAUAUGAAAAGCAAUAUAAAAGUUUAUGACCUGGACACAAAUGUUAAACCAAAUGUCGCUACUGAACACUUAACACUUGAGCUUUUGUUUUCCUGCUUACUCGGGGUACGACAUUUGAAUCCUACAUCGAUUUCUGAGGACAUCAUUAUCUACAUCAUGCUCAAACACACCAUUUUGGUUUUGCAGAUCAACUUUGUGGUUAUGAUAAUGGUAAUCAGAGUGAUCAUCGCAUCUGUAACGUCACUACAGAAUCCUGGCAAUGCUUCCCAAGUCAGGUACGUACAUCUUAUUACGUCUUCGUGGUUUUUUGUUUUAAAUUACAUCAUCUAACUACGUCCAUUUGCUUCCUUGACUUUCUCUCCUACUCUGUCGUUGUUUGCGCAGUUUAACUUUGUAGCUCGCGUGUUCACGCUCACUUUCCUUGUCAUGCCACGACGCACCAAUGAUUUGAACGUUCGCCCGAUCGCUCGUUAGCUUGUUCGCCCCUUCGCUCAUUGGCUAUUUGGCUCGUUCGCUCGUUCGCACGUGCACUCGUUUGCUCAUGCGCCUGCUCGCUCGUUUGCUCAUUCGUUCGUUUGCUCUUUCGCUCAUGCGCUUGUGCGCUCGUUCGCUAAUGCGCUCGUUCGCUCGUUCGCUCGUUCGCUCGUUCGCUCGUUCGCUCGUUCGCUCGUUCGCUCGUUCGCUCGUUCGCUCGUUCGCUCGUUCGCUCGUUCGCUCGUUCGCUCGUUCGCUCGUUCGCUCGUUCGCUCGUUCGCUCGUUCGCUUCGCUCGUUCGCUCGUUCGCUCGUUCGCUCGUUCGCUCGUUCGCUCGUUCGCUCGUGCGCGCUCGUGCGCUCGUGCGCUCGUGCGCUCGUGCGCUCGUGCGCUCGUUGUUUCAUUAUUUUGAUCCUGUUCGUUUUAAUAUCUUUUUUUGUAUGCUGGUGUAUCCUUUUAAUUUGAUCGUCAAUCCCCAUGAUUUAUAUAGGUCUUCCUCACGCAUGGUAUGCAAUUUUUCUUGUAGGGCUGGCGUCAAAGGCAUGAUUGUUUUACUGCCUCUGCUCGGUCUGACGUGGGUGUUUGGACUUUUGGCCAUCAAUAAGGACACUAUUGCUUUCCAGUAUUUAUUUGCCAUCCUCAAUUCACUUCAGGUCCGAAAUCUUCGUCCUAGCAAUAUAGGUUCAAGCUUAGGGAAAGAGUCUUCUUUUUUAGUUCCAUUUCGAGGAGAAUCCGCCUCAAAUUGCUUUUAGACUCAAAGCUAUUUUUUCCUCUGGGAAAAAAUUUUACAAUAAAAUGUACUUCACGUUCACGUUUUGGGUUCAUGUUUCGGUGGGAACUUAUAAUGCUGUCUGUGGUUUCAGGGUUGUUUAUUCUUAUGCUCGAUCCAGCCAGGAUAUGGGAAAACGAGAUUUUUUUAAAUCGCUCCGGAGAAAUUUUUUUGGGAUUAAGUCCUAAAUGGGAAUCCAUUCUCUUAGCUUGACCAUCUCCUAUCCUCAACUGAUGCUCAGCGAUCCCCUGAUAGUAGCAAAUGUAAUGUCGAUGAAAAAUCGAAUUGCCAAUGAUCACGAGAUAUACAAUUUAAACUUCGCUCUCUGCCCAGAUACUACAUUAAUGUCCCAAGGUUUCCAUACCCUUGAACCUGAGUGUCAGGCACUCCAAUAGAGAGCUGGUUCAUAUCAUCUCCUGUAGGAUUCUUGAUAGUACUAAACGUCUCGACAUAUCACGGAAAUUCACGUACUUUUGUGGUUUAUGACUACAUCCCUAAAAGUAAAUCGGUGACGAGCUCCACGCAAGAAUAUUUACUAAUUUUUUUUUCUUUACUACAGGGACUUUUCAUUUUUGCUUUCCACUGUAUCGGAAACACCGAGGUAUGAAAUUACAUGUCCUGCUUAAUUUUCACCUUGUCUUAAAUUAAUCAUUUCAGACACUGCUAGCGUAAAUACUCAGUUUUAUGACCAGUCAGUAACCCGUGAUUUUAAUCUUAGGUACGAGUUGCAUACAAAAGACUCCAUGAGAAAAGGACUUUGGCAAAGAGCCUUCCUGAACACUCUCUGUCUUCAACACACCACAUGUCAAGUCGGGUAAGAAGUCAAACGCAUACACAAAACAAACAUAUAGCGUAAGCUGGAGAAACGCAACUCAAUUGUAAACGGCAAUCCCCGCCAGUCUAAUCAACAAAGAAAAUGGCGAGGGAUGUUGACUUUGAUCGAUACUGGCACAAUUAGCGAUUUUUUUCAGCCGAUCGCGACGACUUGGCUCUUCGACUAUAUUUCCUCGUUUCUCUUUGACGUUAUGCUAAAAUCGCCUAAUCCGAUUACAAUGACGACUUUGCAGGCGUUUUGUUUCGAAGCAGUGAUGAUAAUCUCAAAAACAAGAACAGCUGUUUAUUGCUGGUAAUAUAUGUACCAUUUACAGCGAUAGGUGAAAAUCGCCAAGCAUUCUGAGGGCAAACUGCUUAUUUGCACCCGCGCGGUGUCAUUUACCGCUCAAACGAGAGUGAUAAUUGUUACAUGUCUCUUCUGUGCAUUCUGUUUCACAGCCGGCAAAGAAACGAAUGGACUCUCACGAGACGAACUUCACCGGGGAUGAUGACAUCAUUGUUACUAAGACUAUCCGAAGCGUGUCGGGUAAAGACAAUACUCGAUCUUAAUUACACAAAAUAUGUUCUUCUUACCACGUUGAUCAGGAUCGAAAUAUACCGUGUACUCAGGUUAACACGGGGUUCUCCUGUUGUGUUCUUGUACAAAGUACUUUACCGUUGCAAAACUAAGGCAUGACCUACAUGCGAUGCAACGCCAUCCAUCCAGGGAGAGUAGUAAUACACCUAAUCGCUUUCUAUUACAGAAAAUGAGAUAAACUGCGGCAACUACUGUUGAAACUAAAUGUUCAUUUUUUCACGCAGAAGAUGAACAAUUUUUUUACCUCCAUUCUUGUUUUUUUUUUUCCUUUUUUCCAGAUGUGAAGAUUUCUGGGGACAACUUGGCCUUGCAAACGGUUAAGUAUAAACAAACUUAAGAACUCAAUUUUAGCUCAGCCACUGUUGUGAUUUUAAAACGUAACAGAUAAGGAUGAUAACCGUUGCUGACGGAAAAGCUGGGCGUUAUCUUCACGUGUCAUAAUAUUGCACAAUGCUUAUUAAAAAUAUAAAAUCUAAAUUAUGAGUCACCACAUUAACUCUCGGAAAAUGUGGUUUUUACUAAUAAUACCAUGUGGAUUUAUUAUAUUCUUACUCAUGGAAAAUAUUUAUAAUGUCAACAAUUUUAUAAGUUUGUAUUUUUUCUAAAUUUUAUUGAACUAAAUCUUGCUGUGGAUCGCUCCUUUUUUAUUUCUAAUAAUGCACUUUUUACACCAUUGUUGUAUUGUUUAAGUAAUUAAUUAUGAAAUUGACAUUUUAAGCAUUUAUAAACGCUCACAAAUACAAAAGUAAGUUUUAAAAUUGUUCUUGUAGAUCACGCAAUAGAGCCGUUUUCGAUUGAGUGUUGUAUCAUAACAGCCAAUCAAAACAAAGGACAAAAUCACAAGUAGCCAAUGAGAAUUCAAAGUAAAGCAACAUUGGUUUUAGCUUUAAAUCUGAUUGGUUGAGAAAGCGGUUCAAGUUUUCUGGACCAAUCACAAAGCGACAAAAGCAAUACCGAAUUAAAUUGGAUUACUUUCAACACUCAAUUACAAAUUGCUCUAUCAUCAUUCAAAUCUUGUUAUGUUGUAACAUAUCAUGUUCAAUAUUUAGUUCGGUGACACUGAUUCUGGCCGCUGGUCGUUAAACUGUCCGUCUCCUGACCCGUGAGUAAAUGGAUAAUUUUAAACAAUUUUUGAACAGAAAGCUCUCGCAUAUAAUUAGAAUUUCAAAAACAGGUUAACUUUUGCUUGUUCAUCGCACGAGUACUUGCGCUGGGUCUAGACGCGUUGGGUUCUGGGAUUGCCCAUAAAUUGUAUAAAAGUACGAUCUCUGUCACCAUUUCGGCACCUUGAGGAGUUUUUGCUUUAGAAGUGCGAGGAACUCAUUUCAGCCCUCGCGAGCAAAAUAUUUUCAAAAUAGCUAAAUUUACUUGUUUCUUUGCAACUCUAUUAUAUGUGAGGGCUUCUUACAUGAUUUUAAAACAGGAACGUGGUAAUUAAUAUCUAUAAGUCAAUCAUUUCUGUAAAAUUGUGAGCUCGACACCUUCUGAUAUAUAAAAGUUACCCCUGAAACGCAGUUCUAAAUUAUUGCGUAAAAACGAAAAUAUUUCCUAAUAUUUCCAUUCGGUCCUUAAGUCUCUUUAAAAUAAAAAAAACUGAAAUUGACAGCACCUUCGGAAAGUAAGUCAUACACUUAACUCUCAAAGAUAGCAAUAACCUGAAAAAAUAAAUAAUUGAAAAAAAUCAAAACUUGAAACAGAAUCCCCGACUGGAUUAAAAUGUACAAAAUAUCGUUCUAAGCGAUAAACGAAAACUGAUUCCGCCACCAUUUCUCUCUAUUCAUUUUCCUAAGUGCAGCGUAAUAGGAACAAAAUCAGGAAGCAGGUCAGAUUAUAGAGGACAUCCUUAACGAGAGACCGUGAUAAAAAUUUAAUUUUUGUUUUUUUCUCGUGGGGCGAUAACUUGAUAACGUGAUUCAGUUUUGCUAAGAAUAAAAUCGAUAUUAAGAAAGGAUAUGAGUAAAAAUAUAUUAUCGUAAAAAAGAGUUUCACUCUCAAGAUCUCAUAAGUGACUCUUUUCACUGUCUGUCAUACAAUUCUUGUGGUGCUAGUUCGGAAAACUUUGUAUUGGACUGACUAAUAAUCCCAUAAUUGAUAUUUUUCUUCAUGCUCAUCACGUGCCUGCCUGCUAUUGUAUUGGUAUUGAAAGGAGAAAUUCUGUUUUAAACACUCCAAGGAGUUAAAGGGUUAAGCAGGCUGAAAUAUGGGUAUUGUAGCAAUGUCGAGUGCAAUUUUAUGUAAAUAAGCCCGAGUGAAUCUUUAAAAGAUAACACUAGUACAUGAGCCCGUCGGGCGAGUGCAAUUUGUAGUCUUUACAACUAGGCACUCGUUUUCAGCCAAUCAGAAGCGCGUAAUUUUUUCAUGUACAUUAUUAACUUACUAACGAGCUUUGUCUAUACACUUGCAGAUUCGUGGACCUGGAUCACAUCAAACGAGCGUGAGAUCAUCCUCUACACAGUCCAGCUCUCAUACAGAAUUUUCAGAGCAACUAAGGCCGUUAACCAAAGAAGGCAGAAAACGCAAGAAAAGCUCCAGCCAUAGAAAAACAUUCUUUCAAAACUUUAGACCAAAAGUGUUAGGUUCCUGUAGCAUUGUAUAAGGACUUUAUUCUUUUAACCUGUGCGCGUCAUACGCCUUGUAGCCUUCGAGUUGGAAGGCGUAUGAUAAUUUUCCCUGCGAACGUGGAGCAGGCUCCUUGCAGCAUCUCUAAUUGUGCGAUCGUUGUCGAAGUUACUCGUAGGCUGUUUAAAGUCGUUUAGAAGAUUGUUUUGUUAACACUACCACGUAUUGUCUUCAAGUGAGUGAUCUGCUUCAUUAAGGCUUCGUUUGAGGCGCAUUUAACAAAUGUAAAUAGUGAAAACAUGAGUAGGGAGUGGUGUGCGUGUUGGGCCGGUGGAGAGCAGCUGAGGAGAAGGCUAGUACGAAUCAUUCGCAAGAAGUUAUAAUCUCUUGUCAUCUGAUAGAUGCAGUGUUCUACAAUCUGAAGUUGACAUGAGAUCAGUGUAUAUGGAGAGAUGCAUACACUGAACCCUUUAACCCCAAACAGUGACUGGCUUUUAGUUUCUCUUUACUGUAUCACAGCUGAAUCAAAUAUUAAGGUCAUGAGAAUAAAGGAAAUGAUAACCAAUUUCAGAAGCUCUUGAUUGUUAGUCAAAUUCUCCUAAUCAGUACUAUAGGAAACGUGAAGAGAACAGUGGAGAGAAUGUAAAUACUAAUGUUAGGGUGUAAAAGGUUGUCAUUUUUGAUGUAUUUCCUUUUUGGCAAGACGGCCUUUGCUGUGAUGUUUUAUCUUGUGAUUCGGAUAGAAAUUAGUAUAAGCCGCUUUUUGCUUUCGCUGGCCUGUAAUUGCUAGGAACGCUGAGUCAAUGUUUGCAGAUCUCUUGUUAUCUUGAAAUCAGUGCACCAACAGUCGAAUCAAUUAUAGAUGUUUAAAGUAGCUUCAAUCUAUCGAUUGAGAUUUGUCUGUCACUUUCAUACGCCAGUAACAAUACCAGUCAGUAGCAAUUACAUUUACGUAGUGUCAGAAGUUAUAUGCGUUGUACAUCGCCGUUGAUUAAAAGUAUCAUUGACUGUUGGUAUAUGUUGAAUAAUAAAGAAAUAAACGAAG